AUGGCAUCCACUUUUGCUGUCGGGCUGUCCUGGUGUGCCUGGUUCUGCUGCUGUCCUGCCCUGCCUGCCCUGCCUGUCGGUCUCUUGCCGUGUCUGGCGCGGUACGGCGGUACCUGCCUGCAGGCGGGCACCGCAACUCAGAGGCUCAGGCUGCAGAACAUUGCAGUUGCGAGAACGGAUCGUCCGCCAACGCCGUCUUUUUGGCAUCGCGAACUCCGUCCGACAUUCCCUUUCUUCAAGACAGUACUGCGGCUUUCCUUCUUCCUAUUGCCCGACUUUCUUCAUCCGGUGUCUCGCGGCUCUUGGAUUCCUGACGCCCCGACGAUCAACCUCAGUUAA